AAACUUGUUCAAUUCUAGAGAAUCGACAAUUCGGACAAUUCGACAGUAGAGUGAGUGAUGAUGAUGAACUUGUGAACCGGCUUUGCUUGAUAUUUUGUGUGACUAUAGUUUUGUGUUCUUUCUUUGUUCUAUAAUAUACAUCUCGCAAAUGAAUUAGUCAACUUCUUAAACUGCAAAUUUUAUUAGUAUUUUGUUUUUAGUAGUGUAGUACAUUCAUUAAAAGAACAAUGAUAAAAAACGAAAUGGAGAAUGGCGGCGGCGACGCCAAUUCCAAUGUGUCACCGACCAAGCUCAUGGUCAAUUACAUACCCGAAUUGAUGACGCGCGACAUGAUGUACGCGUUAUUCUCUGCGAUGGGCAAGAUUGAGAGUUGUAAAUUGAUCGCAAACAGGGGUUACGGUUUCGUGGAAUAUGAAAAACACGAGGACGCCGAGAAGGCUCGGGCGGCUUUCAACGGCCUCCUCAUGCAAGGAAAGACCUUAAAAGUAUCAUUCGCACUGCUCAAUCCAGAAAACAAAGUCAGCCAUAAACCAGACACAGAAUCGAACCUCUACAUUAGUAAUCUACCUCCUGAUAUGACGCUGGAACGUCUUAACAGCUUGUUUAGUUCAUUUGGGAUAAUAACCAAUAGUCGUGUAUCACAAGGCAUCGGAUUCGUAUGUUUCGAAAGCCGGUCGCAGGCAGAAGAGGCAAUAAAGCAUUUAAAUGGACAGACGCCGAUACCCGGUGCUGGGGCUAUAGCUGUUAAGUUUGCCAAUAAGCCCAAUGCAAAUAAGAACGCACCGCGACCCACUCCACGGGUCGGGGUGGGCGCUUCGCCAUUGGCUUACAAUGGAACAGCUGCAGUGUUUAAUGGGACCACGCCGGCCGCGUUUAAUGGCACGAACCUCAGCGCGGCGUUCGGUGCUCGACCGGCCGCCUUCGCGCCUGGAUUCCCACAAGCUUCACCACCACCUCUUCUACCAUCACCUGGUAAGGCCCUUCCUUUCAUCAACAAGGGCCAGCAGCGCUUUAACCCAAUGGCUGCAACUAACCACACACCACUGCCACUGCUCGGAGCCCCUGCCAGUCCUGUACCUCUGCUGGGUGCACCACCAGCGCCACAUCAAACUACAGUGUAUGUAUAUAAUAUUGGUGAGGAUACUGAGGAACUAGCUUUGUGGCAGCUUUUUGGGCCGUAUGGAGCAAUUGACUCCAUAAAAGUAAUCAAGGAUCCUGAAACAAAGAAAAACAAAGGUUUUGCCUUUGUAAAUAUGAGGGAAUAUGAUGAGGCUGCAAUGGCAAUUCAAGCACUCAACGGAUACACGCUCAAUGGACAGGUUCUAUCAGUUAGCUUUAAGACUCAGAAAAGAAAUAAUUAGGAUGUGGACGGACGUUAUAAACGCCGUUUUAUUUGUGAUCAUACCGGGCCGAAACCUUAAAAAGAAAUAUUUCAUUCCAAUCUCAGAAUAUUUUUGUAGUCGAGAAGGAAGAUCUUCUAUAUGCAUUUCAUAGUCGCAUAAGUAUUUUUGUAAGAUUUAAUAUAGUUUUAUAUUUGCAAAAACAUGACUAUCUGUGAGUUUAGUUGGCUUGACAGUAUCGUAUAUGUGUAUCCACUUUUAUCAUAUGAUAUGGUAUUAUAUUAUUGGACUAUGUAUGGACCUGUCGCAGUAUGUAUAUCUGACCAUAACGGGAGUUUGGGUAUGCUCCGCCUUGCAAGAUGUGUACCCCAGCUCCUGUAUAAAUCCUCCAGGUAUUUUAUUUUGUGUAAACAAAAGCAUUGUAUGUUUUUAAUCUUUAAUAAAUUUCAUGUUUAAAUAGAUAUUAAUGU